GACGCGGCCGGUAGUGAUUGCGCGGUCUCACCUGUAUGACCGCAGGUGCUGAACUGGAACCUUCACCCUGACACCGGCGCGGACGGUGCUGCGGGCUCCGCUCUGCACGCUUCGCAGGCGUCGUCCUGAGAGGCCGAUCGAGGCGGACUCACUGAACCGGUUCACAGAGGAUGUCAACAAGUGACGCAGGAGAGCUCGAGCUCAGACAGGAGUUCGCUCCGCGCGAGUGCAGCACAGCGCGAGCCGCACGGAACAAAACCUCCAGAGCGCAGCUCAACCAUCAUGGUGCUGAAACCCCCACAGGCCAGGACCGUCACCUGUCAGCCAUCAGCCCGAAGGGACCACACACAGCACUAACACCUGGAGCAGGACGGGACGAGGGUCCAGCUCACCGUGCUGGUUCUGAGGUGCAGGUCCAGAGGCCCUCUGCACCCAGAUUCACCUCCUCUCUCUUCUUAACGCUGUCCAGGAAUCUAAGUCUUGACAAACCAGAACUAAAACGCAAGCCAGCACCUGAGUCGUGUCCACACAGUCUGCCUGAACCACAGAGGGCUGAGACCGAGGACAGCUGCUGCCAGGCUAACAGACGAACGCCACCUGAGACAGACACCCCCGCAGAGACAGACGCCCCCGCAGAGACAGACACUGGCUGCCCAUCACCAGAGGCAGUACCGUUUCCAGCCACCAGGGAGGGGGGGGUUAUCACAGCUGUUUGCAAUGAACUGGACACUAACAGGGACUUGAGUGUAAACCACAGUUUGUCAAAUGGUGACUGUGGACCACGUGGCUCUGGAUCAGAGGACUUAGAGGAAGAUAUAAAGGACUGUACAAAGCUUGAGGACCAAAAGGAUCUGGACAAACUGUCCAGCCCUGCCGUGAACAUGCUGUCCUCCACCGUGGUAACGGUUCUCGCUCCACACUGGAGUGGACGGCUACGACGGAAUAAAAGAUUUGAGGGAACUGGAAACUUAGACGGCCAAGGGAAUUUACAGGAUGUGUCAAACUCUGGCGUGGAGACGGAUGGACCACAAGCCCAACUGAGGGUCCCACCUCUGGGUACCAGAAGGAAUGUAGUGGACUGGUCAACUAAAAGUGGUCCUGCAAGACUGGACUUUGAAUCCAAGAGACAAAUGAGUCAGAUGGUCAGUGUGGUUGGAGAUUCUGGAAGGAUGGACAACAGGAAACUGGGUGAGGCCACCGCUGGAUGUCCACUGUCUCUCAAUCAUGGACAAGCACUCUCAGCUUUAAGCUCUAAACCAACAACCAGCAGUCUGCUCCUGUCUUUGAGGAGAGUCAACUCCAGUGGCCGGACCUCGAAUGCAGCCACCACCUUCUCUGAGGAACACCUAUCAGCAGGCGACCCAGAGGGAAACCUGUCCACAGCACACGUCUCUCAAAACCACAGAGACAGGAACACAUCUGAGUCUCACUUCUUUUCAACUCCCCCUCUCAACAAAGACACAGGGGACACACCCUUUACCCCACAACCUCAGACAUGUCCCCGACAGGCUUUUCUGAGCAGAGCACCAUCAGCAAGGAAACAGAACUCCAGGAGCUCAGACAAAAACACAAACCUGUUCCCUGAGCGCUCAGUCCCCGCCCCCAGACAUUCCCCGUACGACUCCUCUGCCCUCCUAAAAACUCACUCCCUUCCUAGAAGGACCACUCUGACUUCCACCUCCUGGUGGAAACAAGUUACCCCAGAAGGGCAUUUCCCUGUGAGCUGCACUGACACGCUCUCAGGUCCGGCCUGUGAUGGGACCAGAGACGUGGCCUUUUCAGGUCCAACUGACAGCCAGACGUUUGGUGCUGAAAUCCUCAGUAACAGAGACGACAAUAACACACCUGAGUCAGUCUGCAGAGGUAACGUGAAUGUUGUAAUGAAGACACAGGGAGGGACUCACAGCCUCAAACAGAGACACGCUGAAGAGUCACAUGACCACACAUCAGACAGGCAGGUCCAACAGCAGCACGGCUCCAUCGUGAACGGCCGAGACGCUCAGAAACCUCAGAACAGGCCUGAUGUUUGGUCUGCAGCUAAAAUUAGCAGAACUACAGCACAGCCAGCACUGAGUAAAGAUCUCAGCAGGCGUGAAGGAGGGAACCGCUCAUUUACAGCGAAGGGAACUGAAUUACCACCUCCUCUGCUCCAUCCCAAGAGCUGCGCUCCACCCACCGAGAGCAGCGGCACCCACUCUCUUUCUGCCACCGUCGCUCUCAGCAGUCAGGCUGUCGCUUUGAAAACGAGCUCCUCCUUCCUUUCUCAUCCAGUUCCUGCAUCACUCACUGGCUCCUCUUCCCAAAAACCCAAAUUCACCAGCACAGCCAGUGCCACACUUCUUGGCUUUGAAAGGAGCUACGCCUCCGUUCCAAAGUCUUUCCAGCCUAAAACAGCGUCCAGCCUGAUUCCCACAGUCACUGCUCCCUCUAAGGCAAACUACGGCCCUGCACCCACUGCCUCCAUCACCUCCUCUCCCGCUGGCAGCCACCCUGCAGCCACGGCUGCCCCUAGCCCGUCCCUCCUCACUCCUCCUGCCAUACCAUCCUCUCCCACCACUGUCAGCCUCUCCUCUCUCCUGACCCCCCCUGCCACACCAAUCAUUACCAGCCCCAGCUACUCAGAAAUGUCCAGCCCUCAGGAAGGGAGGACGUUCUCUAGCAGCCCUGAGAGAAACCCAAAUAAGCUGCGCCCCCAGGUGGAGGGAAAGAGAGUGAGACGAGUAACAUGGGAGGACUCGGUGGAUCUGAGGCUGGAUCCGUCUGUAGACCCAGCAAGUCCUUUAUCUCCCUCCAGGUCCCCCCGGAGUGUUAGAGCUCCAUCCAUCUUCUCCUUUCUAAGAUCAGGCAGUCCAACCACAAAUACACCUCCCCUGUGCCCCCCUACCCCCAAAACCUCCAGCAUACAGGUGGGGAAAGGAGGGAAGUAUCGGUCUCUGUCAUCGGACUCUGCUGAUCUAACGUCCAGGGGGCGAGAGACAUUCAAACAAAAACCUGGUGACGCUACGGUCUUUGAUCAGAUAAGAUGGGACUUAACCACACCCAGGCAGGAGAGGGCGCUCUCUGUGGAGUCUGCUCCUCGCUCUCUGCCUCCUGACUUUUCAGGAGCUUAUAAGCUUCGUUACAGCUCUCCACCUUACUCCACUCUUAUGUCCAGCAGGUCAACACAGGGAGAAACCAAGACCAAAGCACUCAGAUCACCCCUCCUCCAACAAACCUCUCGGUCAGUUUACACCCCACAUCUUCCCUCAUAUACUGACCCAGGUGCAGUCGUGACCAUGCCCACACCCAAACCCCCUGUGCUGCCUGUCAGCUCGCCCCAGACCUUCUCUUUGUCUUUGCAAAGCCAAACUGCCACACAAGCAAGCUCAAAGUUUGGGGUUUUAGAAGAAGUUCAGGUGGACAAUAAUCCCACUAAGAACAGCAGCCAGGGUCAGCAGAGGAACCACGUAUCACUCGUCGACAGUAGAGUUCACAUCAGCUCACAGUGUUCGCAGGUUGAUAAGACUCACAGCUGCUCUUCAACCUGUGUCACUGAGACGCUGGUUUACAGCCUCAAAUCUAAAGCUGAUCCAGCUGCAGCUGUUCCAAAGACCACAGCUCUGCGACACACUGCAGACUCAGCGCAGAGUCAGGAGGCGUCCCCUGUCCCACGUCCUCACUCAGAUCAGAGCUCCAGUGGCAGCAGCUCCCAGGACGACGGACGCUGCGGUGGCAGAACCAAGGAGAAUGUUCUGAACAAAAGCAGGUUCUUUUCAGUGGAGAGCAGCAGUGAACAAAGUUCAAAGAGAAGCCGUUUCACACUGAGGAAGAGCGUCAGCACGCCGAACCCCACUGUGUCACGGUCAGACUCAGAGAGGGUCAACAGGACCAACAACAGAAUGGACCAGGUCCUUCACAGGCUGAGACAGACAUUCAGCAGCAGACGGUCUGAGGACGAUCUGUCAUUUCCAUGGAGAUGGAGGCGGGCCUCCCAAACCCCCUCUGUUAGUGUGUCAAGUGAUGUCAGCAGUGUCAGUGAUGUCACUGCUGAUAGCACCAAAACAGUAGAGGAGCGAGAGCAGGAGGGGGCGGGGGUGCUGAGGGAUGAUGGGAAAGGAACAGAGGGUACGAACAGAUGGACACAGAACAGAUACACCAUCAUACCACCCUCAGCUGGUGGCGGCACAGCAGCUGGAGAUCAGUUCUCCAUAUGGUCUGACCAAUCAGAACCUGAGCAGGAUGAGCAGCAGCCUUGUGCGGGACACACUGAGCAUAAAACCCAGGUCCGUCUCUCAGCCCACAGUCCCACAGUGCACCCAUUUGACUUUUACAAAGACAACAGGACAGAUCAUAGACCCACAAACCAGUUCCCCUCAUGUACAGAUCCCAGUCCUGGCAGGAGCCCUAACUCAUCUGCUGGUUAUCCUACACAGUUCAGGAAGUCCGCAUCCAGUCCCAGGAGCCCCUUUUCCCCCUUCUCCUCUCUGUCCCCUCUCUCCCCAUUUUCCUCACCUGAUGUGACGGACGACAGUGUCUUCUACAGCCCAAAGCUGCAGCGUCGCAGGGAGUCCUCCUCGCCAUGUGAGCCAGGAGAGGGUAUCGGCCUGGGGGGUUCAAGAAGGAGCCGGGCAUCCACAGGUCCUCCAAGCGCAGCUCCAGCACAGAACAACGAGCACUUGGCGUCCUCCUAUGCAGACUUAAAGUACGGCAUCGAGCCUGGGAGGUCCUUCUCUGUGAGCUCUGUACUGUCCAGCCGACCCUCAGGGCCUGGACGCAUCUCCACUGGAUCCAGAUUCAUGAGUGUGGGGGAUCUCUCUGAAUCCUCCCUGUCUUGCAGAGGUACUGGCAAAGACUUGGAUCAGUGGUCUUCCUCACCUGAAUGGACCACAGAAUAUGGUUGCCUGUCCCCCAGUGAUCGCAGUGCGUCCUGUUUAUCCAGUGACCCGGGUAAAAUGAGAUCAAGGUCACUUCCUCGAUCACUGACCAGGCGCUUGGCGAACUGGAGCUCAGGAAUCUCUGUUUCUGAACCUGUGACCACAGCAGUCUCGAAGCCAGCCCACCUGUUGAGCCCUAACAUGGACACCUGUCUCUUUGGGUGGGACACAGAGGGGCCACCAACUCCUCCUCCAACACCUCCCCUGUCACCAGUGUCCAGACGUAUGUCCAAACCCCCCGGCCUGUCCCCCACCACCUUUCCCAGCUCGUCGGGAGCACCACAGUCAGUGGACAGCCUGUCCUCCAGAGGACAUUUGCCCUCCAGAGGUUACGUCUCCAGCCUCAGCACCUUUGAGGAGUCGUCUGACAGCAGCUCCGACACGACAACAGAUGAUGAAUAUUACUUAGAAACAGGGGAAGGUGAAGAAAAGGAGACAGAACUGUGAAGGCAGGUCUCAGGUGGUCCUGGACUUGAUGCAGAGGACUGCUGGUCUGUAGUCUUUCUCAUACUGAGACCUCUUCUGCUCAUUCACUCUCUUACUGUCCCUGAGGAGACCUGAGGUGAGGUGGGACGGCUGCUCACCUGCAUGAUUUAGGACACAGUCAGUCUGGGAUUAAGUUUAAAGUCUGUACAGUGAAGUGUGUGCUGAGGAACAAGUGCUGCACGGUGUUAGUGAGGUGUAAUUAUCAAACUAAUGUGGAAGGUGUGGCUGUGACAUUAGUCUUCUCUCUUUAGGUUUGCAUUUCAUCCUGCUGCAUCGCAGGAAGCGAGGCUGAGCUGAUGUGAUCAAUGCGCUUUCAUCAUCUGUCUUCUUCUGUUUGGAGAUUGAAACGAUUUGUGGUGAAUGUUCUCAGAUUAAUGCAGAUACACUUUAUAAAAGUGGCUUUCAAAUUGUUUUGUCCUCUGAGAUGAAAAACAGUCACAUUAUUAUUAAGGUUUCGUAUCAGACAGCAUAAAGUGCUCCUUUCAGUGCCUGCUCUUAUUUGCACAGUGACAAUCUAAAGUCUUAAUAUAUCUAUUUUAUAAAUAAAUGGAAUAUUUCCA